AUGGAUUUAGAUUUGAGUUCAACUUUACGAGGAUAUGAAUCAGAUAAAGACACGCUUUCACAGUCAAAAGUUGCUACCUCAUCUCAAAAAGAGCAAGAUAGUCAGUUGAAUCAAACAAAAAUAGCCUAUGAGGAACGGCUUCUGAAUGAUUUAGAGGAUAUGGAUGAUCCCUUGGAUUUAUUUUUGGAAUAUAUGAUAUGGAUCAGUACCAGUUAUGUCGAAGUCAAUUCUACGUCAGGUCAGGAAGUUCUCCGAAAUACAAUGGAAAGAUGUUUGGUUUAUAUACAAGAUUUGGAAACCUAUAGAAACGAUCCCCGAUUUUUAAAAGUUUGGAUUUGGUAUAUAAAUCUGUUUCUUAGCAAUGACUCCCGCGAAUGUGAAAACACAUUUACAUAUAUGUUUAAGAAGGGAAUCGGAAUUAGGCUUUCACUGUUUUAUGAAGAGUUUUCCAAGUUAUUAGAAAAUGCUCAAUUUUUUCUAGAAGCAAAAAUUUUAUUAGAACUAGGCACUGAAAACAGUUGUCGGCCCUAUAACAGAAUAUUAAGAUCAUUAAGCAAUUAUGAAGGCAGACUCCGAGAAAUGAAUGUUCUAGAAAAUCAACAAAGCAUAUCUGCUUCGAGGGACAGAUUGAAGGAAAGAAUAAACCAUGGACUAGCCCCUUUUUUCAUUCGCAGACUUCUAACUUCUUCGCUGAUUGCUGAUGACAGGGAAAAUCGAAUAGAACCGGAACUGAAUACAGAGAUUCACAGGCGUGCUACCAGCAUAUACCACGAUCUUAAGGUGGAAGCUGAAGAGCUUAGUCACCAUGAAAUUGCUGGCCGUAAUUACUCAGCCAAUGAGCCUUCAGAGAAUGGAAUCAAAAAAACUCCUAUAUAUCCUGAUUUAAAGCAAUUUAGUGAUCCAGUCUACAAACAGAUAAAUACCCAUGGAAGAAAACCUGAAAGAAUAGUUCUUAACUUUGAUCUAAUAUAUCCAAAAGACGAUGAGGAAUUCAACAUUGAGGAAAUAUUGGCAAUAUCAAAAGGAUUUUAUAAGAUGCAACUCAAAAGUGAUAAAUGCACUACGAAUUGUGCCUAUAAUUCUACCAGUGACAACAGUAGCAAGAAGCGAAAGUUAAAUAUACUAAUAGAAAAGCGACAGCAAUUGCCGCCAUCCCAACCACCCAUGGUACCAAAGUCCGCACAAAUUGAAAUAUUUAGGGACGAGAGUUAUCCUAACCAAAGCAAGCAGCACGCCAAUGAGCAGAUUCAAGUGCAGACGACAACGUCCAUUUUACCUUUGAAGCCCGUAGUUGAUAUCAAUCGUGCACAUGAGACACCGAUUAAACCUUCACUAGCUGCCCAUAGUCCACAUUCGCCAACCGUAACAGCUUUUUCAAAGGACGCUAUGAAUGAGGUAUUUUCCAUGUUCAACCAACAUUAUUCGACCCCAGGUGCACUUUUGGAUGGUGAUGAUACCACGACAAGUAGGUUUAACGUUUUCGAGAACUUUACCCAAGAAUUCACAGCCAAAAAUAUUGAAGAUUUAACCGAAGUAAAGCAUUCCAAGGAAGAGACAACGUCACAACAACCGGCCUCAAUAAAUGUGGUUGAGCGUAGUUAUGAAAGGAUACCGGUUAAUAACGCACGCUCAGAAAGGGGGGAAUACAUGACGCCCAUACAGGAAACUAGUGAGACGGGCGUGGUACCUUCAAUUCAGACACCCGUGGAGCAAAUGAACACAGAAGGUCGGAAAUCAAGGGAUGUUACAGAAACACAAGCUGAAUUAACAAAUACAACUGUCCAAAGCUCCCCGUUUCUCACGCAGCCUGAAUUGCAAAGGAAAAAUGUUCUACAAACUGAAAAUAACCUCGAAGUGAACAAGAAGCAUUAUUCUAGCGACAUUCCUUCUUCGACCGAAAAAAAAGUCCAAUCACCGCCUAUUAUCAGAAAUCCACUUAGCAAUACUUUGAGAGCAAAGUUUUUAUCUGAGAUUUCUCCUCCGCUAUCUCAAUAUACUACUUUUUACAGCUAUAAUCAAGAACUGAAAAUGAGUUCACUAUUGAAAAGAAUUCAUAGGGUAUCUCGUAACGAAAACAAGAACCCAAUUGUUGAUUUCAAAAAGACAGGAGAUUUAUACUGUAUCCGGGGAGAACUAGGUGAAGGAGGGUACGCUACUGUCUAUUUAGCAGAGUCAAGCCAGGGACAGUUGCGAGCAUUAAAAGUAGAAAAACCGGCGAGUGUAUGGGAAUAUUAUAUAAUGAGCCAAGUGGAGUUUAGACUGAGGAAUAGUAAAAUUUUAAAGUCAAUUAUCAAUGCCAGUGCUUUACAUCUUUUCCUUGAUGAAAGCUACCUUGUGUUAAACUAUGCCAGCCAAGGUACGGUUCUGGAUUUGAUUAAUUUACAACGAGAAAAGGCAAUUGACGGCAAUGGAAUAAUGGAUGAGUAUCUGUGUAUGUUCAUCACUGUCGAACUAAUGAAAGUCCUCGAGAAGAUACAUGAAGUAGGGAUAAUACAUGGAGACCUGAAACCAGAUAAUUGCAUGGUCAGGUUAGAAAAACGGGGCGAACCCCUAGGUGCUCAAUAUACGCGGAAUGGGAAGGACGGCUGGGAGAACAAGGGAAUAUACUUGAUAGAUUUUGGUAGAUCAUUUGAUAUGACCUUGCUACCGCCUGGAACAAAAUUCAGAGCAAAUUGGCAGGCUGAUCAACAAGAUUGCUGGGAAAUGCGAGCAGGUAAACCAUGGAGUUAUGAGGCAGAUUAUUAUGGAUUAGCUGGUGUCAUACACUCGAUGCUUUUUGGGAAAUUCAUAGAAACAAUCCAACUCCAGGAUGGAACUUGUAAAUUGAAAAAUCAGCUCAAAAGGUACUGGAAAAAGGAAAUAUGGACUGUUAUAUUUGAUUUGUUCUUAAACAGUGGUCAAGUUUCCAACCAAACCUUACCAAUGACGGGAAAAGUUGUUGAAGUAAGAAAUUUGAUAGAAAGUCAUCUAGAACAGCAUGCAAAUAAUCACUUGAGAAGCGUUAUCCUAAACAUUGAAGAUGAACUAUCACAUUUACAGUAUAAAGGAAAACCCUCGAGAAAGUUGUGA